AUGCUAGGAAAAAGGAAAACUAAUGAAGCACAACAAAAAAAAAAAAAAAAAUGGAUAGAAGAACUAGAUGAUGAUUUAGAAGAAAUUGAUUUAGAAUGCUUGAAUGAUUUAAAAGAAAAUGAAAAAGCUAAUAUUGAAGAAGGAAUAAAAGAAGAAGAAAAAGAGUUGUAUAACAAUAAUUUAAAUGAAGAAUCAAACGUAAAUUUAAAUGAAAUAAAUAAUGAUGUUAUAUAUAAUGAAAAUAAUAAAAAAAGAAAAAGAUAUGAAUGGAUGAGUAGCGAUGAUGAAGAUAUAUCAAGUGAAGAAGAAGAAUAUUCAAAUGAUGAAUAUGAUAAAGAUAAAAUAAAAGAAAAUUUAGGUGAAGUAAAAGAAAAUGCAAACUCAGAAAAUAAAGAUAGCGAAAAUAGCACUAAAUAUGAAUCAAGUGAAAAAGACCAAGAAAAAAUAAAUUUUAUAAACGAAAAAAAAAAAAAUGAUAAUGAAAGUGACUUAAAAAAUAAUUAUGAAGGAGAUAAUAGUAAAAAUAGUUCAUUAGAAAUAAUAGAUAAUAUAAAUAAAUAUUCUAUUAACCAAUUAGAUAUAAAACUUGAAGAUAUUGAACAUAUUAUUACAUAUGUUUAUUUUAAUAAUAUUCAUUUUAAUUGUGUUACUGAAAAAUUAGUUGAAUUUUUAGAAAAUUACACAUGUAAUAAAAUUAUACAAGUUAAUUCAGACAAAUCAACUAAUUAUACAGUACUAUAUAAAUAUGAUGAAAAAAAUAAUGACAAAGUUACUAUAAAUAAUUUUUCACAUUAUGGAAAACUAUUUGUUCAUGUGAAAAAUUAUCAAGAUGUUCUUAGCCUACUUAAAUUAAAUGAAACACAAUUCAUGGGAAGAGUUAUUAAAUCUAUACAAGCUUAUAAAAAGAAAAAUAGGUUCUUUAUUUUACAGGCGCCAUCUCACUAUAAGUAUUUUAUACAGGUUGUAAUUAAUGAAAAAAAUAAGAACAAUUUGAAUUAUAUGUGGAUGAGAUAA